AUGGCACAGGAUUUCAUGGAUAGGUUCAAGUUCAACACUGAGGCCAUACCAGAUAGAUUCUAUUUGAUGAAAUUAGAAAAAAAGUCGACGGAGUCUUUUAGAGAAUAUGCCAUGAGAUGGAGAGCAGAUGCUGCAAAAGUUCAACCUCCGAUGAUAGAAAGUAUUAAAACUGGGAGAAUCACUAAUUUGGCAGCCUUGCAAGCAACAAGUAAAGCAAUUCAGUCAGAUUCAAUUGGAGGAGCCUUUAAGAAGAAGAAGGACGGAGUGUCCGCUGUCAUGACCAUCCAGGAACGUAGGCCAAACCAAAUGUUAACAUACCAAAACCCUUUACCCCAACCUUCAUACCAUAGUCAGUAUACCCAAGUCCCUCAGCCAUAUUACCAGCCUUCUGUCGCCCCUUAUCCAGUUUAUACCACUCAGCCAAUAUAUUAUCCAUCCAGAGCGCCUACUUAUCCAAAUCCCUCACAAUACCGACCUACAUACCCACCUCAAUCCCAUUAUCAAACACAAAAUCGCCCAUCAAAUCCACCAAGGCCCCGCCCAAACUUUGAAAGAAGACCACCCAAAACCUAUACACCUUUAGCCGAACCUUUAUCCCAACUAUAUGAAAGGUUGAGAACCGCAGGGAUACUCCAACCAAUCCAAGCACGAAUUCCUAACCCCCUUCCCGGAUGGUAUGAUAACACUAAGCAUUGCACCUAUCACUCUGGAGCUGCUGGACAUGACACCGAAAACGGUCUUACUCUCAAGGACAAGAUUGAGGCAUUAAUCAAAGAAGGAGUUAUUCAACUCAGAGGUGCUGCCCCCAAUGUAAAUAACAAUCCUCUUCCAAAUCAUGAGAAUGUAAACAUGAUCACCAUUGAUGAAGAAUGCAAUUUGGAAGGGACUAUUUUGCCAAUCAAAGAAGAGAAAAAUGUCAUGGCAUCAGCCUUUAUUGCUCCCAUUAUCACAAUCCAGGCGCGAGCGCCAUUUGAAGUGGAAGUUUUGGUUCCUAAACCUAGGAUUACGGUUUUGGUUGCUCAAUCAACUCAUUUUGAUACUAAAGCAGUUCCCUGGAGUUACUCAACUGACACAAAGGACAAAGGGAAAGGAAAGGUAGUUGUAGAAGCUGCUGCUGCCGGAAAGACAAGAUCGGGGCGAUGUUAUACCCCUGAAGGUGUUGCACGAAUCGUACCGAAUAAGGAAGUUAACCAAAAGAGGGUUGUGAUAGAAGCUGAAAUAGAGGAUUUCUGGAGGAAAAUGCCAACAAAAGAAUACUCUGUUGUUGAACAAUUGAAGAAGACUCCCGCCCAAAUUUCCUUGAUGUCAUUAUUGAUGAGUUCUGAAACUCACAAGAGCGCUUUGGUGAAAGUUCUAAGUGAAGCUUAUGUUCCGGCCAAUAUCAUAAGUGAGAAUCUUUCAGCCAUGGUAGGGCAGGUUUUGGAAGCAAACAAAGUCUGUUUUCACGAAGAGGAAUUACCAUCUGAAGGUUUGGGACAUAACAAAGCAUUGAACAUCACUGUCAGGUGUAGGGACAAGUUUGUUUCUAGAGUUCUGAUUGACAAUGGUUCAGCUGUUAACAUAUGUCCUUUCAAUACCCUUCGAGCUUUGGGAAUUAAUAUCGAGAAAAUUCGUGAAAGUCAUGUGAGGGUUAGAGGUUUUGAUGGGACACAAAGGGGAGUCAUUGGCGAAAUUGAUUUGCCACUACAAAUUGGACCCGAGGAGUUCGUGGUAGAAUUCUAA